GCGGAGCCCAAACUCCGAAGCAGCGCACAGGCAGCGUCCGCUCCCGUCGCGCACGCGCAGGCACAGACACAGCGGCAAGGCAAGGACCAGGUCACCCGCGCCUCGUCUACCUCCGCCCUGACGGAUUGCCCUCUCUGCGUCGAGCAAGCAUCGCCCGCCCAGCCCCAGCCCCCAGGCAAACAGAGGAGCAGCAGCAGGCCGAGAGGCGUGUUGCCGACCCAUUCUUAAAUGCGUGCAACGGCACUACUCCACUCCCCACUACCAGCUGCUCCCUCCCUCCUUCCCUUCCCUCCUACCUCUCUCUCUCUCUCCCUCCGUUCGUUUCUUGACUCUUCUCUUCUCCCCAUCAGCCAGCAGUCUCUCUCUCUCACACACACACAAGCAGCGACUUGCUCACAGUAGUGCUCCCCGGACAGAAUGACCAAAGACGAGGAGUUCAAGCUGGUCAAGAUCCAGAACCAUGCGCUGAAGGUGAACAUACACUGCGACGGGUGCAAGCACAAGGUCAAGAAGCUUCUUCAGAAGAUCGAAGGCGUGUACUCGGUGGCCAUUGAUGUGGACAACCACAAGGUCUCGGUGACGGGCGAUGUGGACUCGGAGACCCUGAUCAGGAAGCUCACCAGGGGCGGCAAGCACGCGGAGCUGUGGUCGCAGCCCAAGGGCGGCGGCAACCAGGGCCACAAGGGCAAUAAUGGCCAGCAGCAGAAACAGCAGCAGCCGCAGAACCAGAACCAGAACCACCAGCAGAAGCAGAAGCAAGGUGCCAAUCUCAGCAAGGAUGGGCACAACAAGAACAGCAACGGCGGCCAGAAGGACCAGGGGAAGCAAGGAGGAGGAGGAGGGGCUGGGGGCCUCAUGCAGGGCCUCAAGGCGUUCAAGAACCAGCACGGCAACAAGCACCAGCUCCCUGAGCUCAGCUCGGACGACGAUGACCUGUAUGACGACGACGACGAGGAGGAGUUUGACGACGACUACGAGGAGGAGCUCCGCUUCCUCGGGGACAAGAUGAGCCAGCUCGGGUUCCACGGCAACAACCAGAACAAGAACGGGAACAACGCUGCUGUCAACAGUAACCACAGCAACGGAAAUGGCAAGAAGGGUAACGGAGGUGGUGGAGCCAACAAUCAUCACCAGAACAACAACCACCACCACCACCAGAACCAGAAGAACGUAAACGUGAUCAACAUGGCAGCAGCAAAUGCCAAGAUGGGCGGCGGCGGCGGAGGAGGAGUCCAGAACCACCAGAAGAACGCUGCUGCGAUCAACAUGGCCGCGGCGGCGGCGGCAAACGCCAAGAUGGCUAACGGCGCCCAGAGGAACGCUGGUGCCAUGGGCGGCAUGCUGGGCCUGAGCCAUGGCCUGGGAGCCGCCGCCGGUGCUGCUCCUCCUGGGUUCCAAGGCUACGCUGCAGGCUUCAACCACCCGUCCUCCUACGCUGCUGCCGGCUACGGAGGAGGUCUCCAGCAACAGCAUCUCCAGCAUCAGCAGCAGCAGCAGCAGAGCAACAACCUCAUGGCGAGCAUGCAGGGGUACCAUCAUCACCACCCUGCGGCGACGGCAGCGAUGAUGAGCAAUCUGAGGGGUCUGAACGGCAACGUGAUGAUGAUGCACCAGCAGCCCCAGCAGCAUCAGCAGCCGCAGAUGAUGUACCACUCCUCCCCGCAGAUCAGCCCUUACACUGGCUACUACAACCCUUACAACUACUACUACCACCCCCACCCUGGCAGCGCUGGCUACCCGCCCAGCAAUGGGGAUGUGGAGACCAUGUUCAGUGACGAGAACACCAAGGGCUGUGUUGUCAUGUAAGGGGAUGCAGCUACAAUCCUAUGAUCUAGAGGUUGUAAUGGUGGCGUGGUGAUGCAAUCCUGCUGGUACCUUAUUUUCCUUUUCUUUCUUUCUUUCUUUCUUUUUUUUUCCUUUCAUUAUUUUACUGCUAUUUUAUGGUUUUUUUUCGCAUGUAUCAAGAAGAGUGAAUCAUGGUGUUGACUUUAGAUGUGUUGUUGAAAGUAGGGGGGGCAACUUGAGAGAAGGUGAUCAGACAGUUGUAAUGUAAUACCUUUUAGGCUUUUACUGCCUAGUGCUUUUCCUGACUAGACUGGGCUCAUGCCUAAGGUUCCCAAAGCAAGAAGUCUUGCCCUGACUUGCUUUCUAUAAUUUGUAUAUUAUAUAAUCUGGGUGUUUGUGGCUU